AUGGCAAAGUCUUUCGGAUGUUCCAAGUGCCGAUAUAGCAGAAACGGGUGCCAAAAGUGCCGAAAUCCAGACGCGCAGUUUCAGCCGAAAGAGCUGACGAAAGAGGAAGAGGCGAAACGGAUCGCGAGUUUAACCUCGUACGAGUUAGAGAGAGAGGUAGGGAACCAACGCGAGACAUUUUUGACUCGAGUGACUGACACCUGA